AUGGCUACCAGACCGCCUAAUCGGUUUCUAAAAACUUUCUUUUAUACGGUCGCGGCUUUUGCGGGAGCGGGCGGCGUCCUUUAUAUAACUUACCGGCCGCGGAAUAUUCCAGGAUCCGAUCCAGCUGCCGUCCCGCCUCCUCGUUAUGGCGAAGGCGGGAAGCUAUUGCCCCCGCAAUUCCCUUAUAUAAAGAGCCGAGAUGAGCAGAUACGUGAUUUAAAGAGGAGCUCGGCGGGGAGCCUUCAAGGCACCAUUAAAGGAAAGCAACUUUUUGAUGGCAAAGGAGGCAAUGGAGCCACUGCCGCUCAUGAUGAGGAGCCCUUCGAUCUCCUUGUCAUCGGCGCUGGAGCAACCGGAGCUGGCAUCGCCCUUGACGCAGCCACUCGCGGUUUGAAAGUCGCCGUUGUGGAACGCGACGAUUUCAGUGCUGGAACGAGCAGUAAGAGCACGAAGCUGGUGCACGGGGGCGUCCGCUAUUUGGAAAAAGCGGUCUGGGAACUUGACUACAACCAGUAUUCACUAGUUAAGGAAGCCCUACGCGAAAGGAAAUAUUUCCUUCAUACAGCCCCUCAUCUCUCAACGUGGCUGCCAAUCAUGGUUCCAGUUCAAAGAUGGUGGCAGGUUCCGUAUUUUUGGGCAGGGACCAAGUUUUAUGACUUCUUGGCAGGCUCCGAAGGAAUUGAGAGCUCAUAUUUUUUGCCUAAGAGUAAAGCACUAGAUGCCUUCCCAAUGCUGAAAAAGGACAACUUAUUCGGGGCGUUGGUUUAUUAUGAUGGGGCCCAUAAUGAUUCGCGUAUGAACGUGUCCCUGGCUAUGACGGCCGCUAUAUACGGAUGUACCGUGGUGAAUCAUAUGGAAGUAACUGGCUUGACUAAAGAUGCAAAUGGAAGGCUUACUGGGGCGCGUGUGAAGGAUCUUAUCGCCGAAAGAAACGGUCAAGAAGCCCAGGAAUUCACCGUUCGCGCUAAGGGGGUCAUAAACGCAACCGGACCUUUUACAGAUUCUAUUCGAAGGAUGGAUGAUCCUAAUAUCGCUGAGAUUGUAGCGCCGAGUUCUGGCGCUCAUGUGAUCCUGCCGGGAUACUAUAGCCCAGCGAAGAUGGGACUCAUCGACCCGGCCACUUCUGAUGGCAGAGUGAUUUUCUUCCUACCUUGGCAAGGGAACACGAUUGCGGGCACCACGGAUAGCCCGACUACGAUAACGCCACAGCCGAUACCUUCGGAAGAUGAUAUUAAUUGGAUCCUAUCAGAGAUCAGAGGAUACUUAGCUCCAGAUAUCAACGUUCGACGAGAUGACGUACUUGCUGCUUGGUCUGGCAUCCGACCGCUGGUGCGUGAUCCUAAGGCUAAGAAUACAGAGUCCCUGGUUCGAAGCCAUUUGGUUUCCGUAUCCAAAUCCGGCUUGUUGACUUGUGCUGGUGGAAAAUGGACCACAUAUCGCCAGAUGGCAGAGGAAGCUGUGGAUGAGGCGAUUAAGCAAUUUAAUCUUCAACCUCGAGCCCUUCGGAUAGUUCCUGACAUCAGUGGCACUGGCUAUCACGUCGACAAAGCUAUUCUUGAUGGUUCCUGCCAAACACAUCAAGUCCGCCUGAUAGGCGCUCACGGAUACUCAAAAACUUUGUUCAUUAACCUUAUACAGCACUUUGGGCUGGCCACUGACGUUGCUAAGCACCUUACAGAAUCAUAUGGGGAUCGUGCCUGGGAAGUAGCUGCUAUGUCAUCACCAACGAAUAUACGUUUCCCUCUAUGUGGAGUUCGCAUAUCUCCACUCUAUCCAUUUAUUGAUGGCGAAAUUCGAUAUGCUGUUCGUCGUGAAUACGCGCAAACAGCGGUUGAUGUUCUCGCCAGGAGGACUAGGUUAGCAUUCCUUAAUGCUCGAGCUGCCCUUGAAGCCCUCCCUACCGUUGUGGAUAUAAUGGCAGAGGAACUGCACUGGGACGAAAAGCGCAAAGACGUCGAAUGGACCGAGACGGUCAAAUUCCUUGUUUCCAUGGGUCUUCCUAAAUCUCGAGCUGGCGCUACAAGAAAGGAUGUCGAAAAGGGCAGAUUGACUGGCGUCAGCUCCACUCAGACCAAAAGACCUUUGGUGGACUGCACCAAUCCAAAUGCGAUUCAGUUGGACCGAACCCUACCUGAAUAACCACGGAUUCGUGGCCAAUUCUUUGUUUAAGCAUCGACCUCUUUCCAGACACGGAUCUAUUCCUUCUCCUUACAAUUUUGAUCUUAUGACCUUUAAUCUCUUCCCUUCUUUCUUUUAGAUAUUUUAUAGAAUGCAAUUGUGCAUCUCUACUACCAUGAUAUUAAUGUCAGUAUGCAGACAUACACA